CUGUUGAUGAUGAUGCGAAUAUUCAACAGGUAGGAGAACCAAACAAGUCAUCAGCCGCCAAGUCACAUUCGGUCAAAAACAUACCACUAAUUUAAUCUUUACACUUCCAUCCCACCGACGAAUUAUUGGUGGCGUCUGGUACGAGCCUUCGCCGUUCACACAUACCAUAUAACUACACUUUUUCUAUUCAGAUCCAACAACACAACACAACACAACACAAAAUGAGUUUCAGGAUGCAAACUUUGAACGAAGAAGAAGAGUACAGCUGGACCCAAAACGAGUCCAUCGAUCGUCGUACUGGCCGUGAUAUCAUGAUCGCCGUUGAUCACGGUCCUAAGUCCAAACACGCGUUUGAUUGGGCCCUUCGUCACUUCUGCUGUGCUGGUGACAUCGUUCAUCUCGUGCACUCUGUAUCCAGUUUGAAGAAUAAUAUUGUUUAUCAGGCGUCGCAGACGCUCAUGGAAAAACUAUCUGUGCAGGCUUUGAAGGUUUCUAGGGUAAAAAUAGUGACCCGGAUAGUGGAAGGAGAUGCGGGUAAGGCAAUUUGCAAGGAAGCAGAAAAAGUGAAGCCUAUAGCAGUUGUUAUGGGUACAAGAGGCCGGAGCCUAAUGCAAAGUGUAUUACAAGGAAGUGUGAGUGAGUAUUGCUUUCACAACUGCAAAGCGGCACCCGUCAUUAUUGUUCCCGGAAUAGUAGAAGCCAGGGAAGAAUCAGUGGUUUCUUUGGACAAGAAAUAAACGCAUUAUGUAGAGUUGCUUCUAUGGUAUAGUGUUUCGAUUUAGUUAACUGUAGUGGUGGUUGUGAAGUAGUAGUUCUGGUUGCGUACGGUGGUUGUGAAGCGGUAGUUCUAGUUGCAGAUGGUGAUUGUGAGGCUGGAGUUCUGGUUACGGACAUUGCUUUGUCCAGAUCAAUUGUUUGCAUUCUUCAUUUGUAGAUUGAGUGUGUUGUGUUUUAUUGUUGUUUUAAGGAUUUGUAAAAUUUAUUACUCUAUAUCUUUACUGUGUAAAGCAAGUUAUUCUCCAUGAAUUGCAAUAGUUGCAUAUCCAGUUUUGUAAAA